AUGUCCUCACGCUGCUGCUACAGCUCUCGACCCUUUUUGAGAAUGCUGUCGUUCCCCAUGGUCUCAUCGGUCAUUCGGGCGACGCAAGACGUUGAAAGCGUCACCUAUCGUCCACAGACCGGGGAAACACGCGAAGUCUACGAACUUAUUUUUUCCUCUGUGCAUACUGCGCUUGGAGUGCUGCCGAUUCCACGCUCGACACUCUCAAAAACAAGGGGACGAAGAGUUUUGACAAAAAGAAGGAUAUUGAGCCAUUCCGAGCGAGCAGCUCUCACAGCUCGUCAAUCUUUCGAAGAAAUUUACAAAUUACAACGCUGA